AAGGCGCCGGGAGUACGGAACCAGGAGUUCUGAAUUUCUGCGCGCUGGUCUGUGCUCCUUUUGGGUUAUCGAACCCGCACAUCCAGGGAGGAGGGAUUGAAGGUGGGAGCUUCUGGCCGGUCGGUUGGCCGACACUCUGGGCAGCAACGAACCGCUAGGACCUGAGCCUGCCUGGCGGCUCCCCGCCGCCUGCGGACCCUCCUCCGUCGCCAGGCUUCCCGUCUUGUCAUGGCGAAAUUCUGGGUCUGCGCGGCCGGCGCGGGGUUUUUUCUUGCAUGUCUGAUCCUGCAUUCGCGUUUCUGUGGCUCUCCGGUUUUAAGGAACUUUGCUUUUCAAGUUUCCUGGAGAACUGAGGAAAUUCUUUACCGCCUGGAUGUGGAUUGGCCUGAGUAUUCAGAAUACUUUACUGGAGCAACGUUUGGUGUUGCCGUUGACUCCCUCAACGGAUUGGUUUAUGUAGCCCAAAGAGGGGAUAACAUCCCAAAGGUGUUAGUGUUCACAGAGGACGGAUGUUUCCUACGAGCCUGGAAUUAUACAGUUGACACACCUCAUGGUAUAUUUGCAGCCAGUACACUACAUGAACAAUCCGUCUGGAUCACAGAUGUAGGAAGUGGAUCCUACGGUCAUACUAUCAAAAAGUACAAUUCCUUUGGUGAUCUUGUUCAAGUCUUGGGUACCCCAGGCAAAAAAGGCACUGGUUUGAAUCCCCUGCAAUUUGAUAACCCUGCAGAAUUAUAUGUAGAGGACACAGGAGAUAUGUACAUUGUGGAUGGAGAUGGAGGAUUGAAUAACAGAUUGAUCAAAUUGUCCCAAGAUUUCAUGAUACUUUGGCUGCAUGGAGAAAACGGAACAGAGCCUGCUAAGUUCAACAUACCUCACAGUGUUACACUUGAUUCAGCUGGUCGGGUGUGGGUUGCUGACCGAGGAAAUAAAAGAAUUCAAGUAUUUGAUAAAGACACUGGGGAGUGGUUAGGAGCAUGGACUAAUUGUUUCACGGAAGAGGGACCUUCUUCAGUCAGAUUUACCCUUGAUGGGAAGUACUUGAUUGUAGCCCAGCUGAACCUUAGCAGGCUCUUAUUUGUGGCAGCACCCCCAGCAGGAAGCAUCGGCGACUGUUCUGUGAUCAGCACAAUCCAACUAGCAGAUCAAGUUUUACCUCAUCUUUUAGACGUCAGUGGGAAGACUGGAGCAAUCUUUGUAGCAGAAAUUGGAGCAAAACAAGUACAAAAAUAUGUCCCUUUGAAUAGCUAUUUCCUGUCAUUCGGUUCAUAAUGUUUCUUUUCCUGGAGAUGUUUCAAGUGGAAGUUCAGAUUCUCAAAUUCAUUGUGAAAUACUUAAAAAUAAUGUCCAAGCACAAGAAUUUGUUUAUUUGUAGCUGACCCAGUGUCAGAAAAAUUUGUUCUUAUGUCCUUAAGAAUCGUGUAUUUUGUUGCCAUUCUUGCAACUUAGUUUUACUUGUAAGUGCAUAGGGAUAUUUUAAUGAAGGAAAUGUAACUCUAAAAAUAUGGGGUCAUAAAGAGGUACUAAGGUUGACCUAGUUAUUUGCCCUAGUAGACUAAUUCUCCCUGGGGGGAGAAAACAGGAAUAAAAAUGGGUUGCAGGGUAAUGUAUUGAGUUUCAUGGGAAGAACUACAAACCUCCAGUUUGAUCACCUUGUGUAAAAUGAACUGCUGGAGAGACUGAGUCGAUGGGCUCUGGAUUCAUGAGUGCCCACCGAGUGCUAGGUACUGAAGAUCCAAAAAUGAAGAGGCAGGUUUUCUUUGUGUGCCUUCUGAGUAGCUUAUAGUCCAGUGGGGACACAAGUGUACAGACACAACACAGUGACAGCAGCACACAGGAAUAGUGGGACUUUUGGAAGGAGGAGGGUUACAUCUGACUGAGGGAAUCAUGGCAACUUCGCAGGGGAAGUCGAUUUGAGCUCCAACUUGGGAAACUGAGCAGGAAAAAAACAGCAGGUUCCAAGUAGAGAAGUUAUAAAAAGUUAUAAGCUUGCUGUGAACUUUUAGUAGGUUUGCUUUUAAAAGCCCAUCUUGACUUUGGUCCUUUAGCUGGAAGACACUUAAUUUCAGCCUUUAAAUGUAGGAAUAAAGUGGGUAGAGUCUAAUCAGCACUUUAUUGAAAGGGAUCUUUACAAAUAACUGGAAUGUUUUUUACAGAUAUCCUUAAAAAUAGGGCCUGUGCUCAGUGCUUCCUCCUUUCUUUUUUCUUCUUCUAACUUUUUUUUCUUUUUUUACAUGAACUUAGUUCAUUCCUAACAUUUGUCUACCUCAAAGAAGUUUUGAAAUUAUUUAUGUGGGAAUAUGUCCCAAACGCUUUGAGCUAUUAAGAUGAAUAAUUUCCUAUGUUCUGUUUCCAUGUCUCGUUUUUAUCCCUUUGGUCUGAAUAUUGGCUUCCCAAUUAAGACCAUUUUUUCAGUUUCUUCUAGUUUAUUCUAGGUUUUGGUGGAUCCUUGCCAUAUUGUGAUCUUUCAGAUCAUUCUUCCCGUUUUCUCAUAUUGGCUUCCCUCUUUAUCUUGGAGUUUUACUGUAAAAUCUGUAGCAGUUGAGGAAUCUGGAGCUGACUCUCCUCCUUGCCUGUCAUGACUGGAGUCUGUUUUCCUGGACCUGGAGGAACUCAUACUUGUGUUGAUGCUCGGGUUAUACCAUGAUGCAGUUAGGAAGGUAAGUCUACCAACAGGAAGCUGUCCUGUAUUCCAAGGCCUUGAUAAGUGUGUUUGUGCAACUGAUCCAGCUGUGUGAUCUUACGUACGUUGCAUUAGUUUUCUCUUCAGUACAAUGGGAACAUCAUUGUCUGUUUUUGAGGAACGCUGUGAGGAUCAGAUGUGCAAUAGGUACACAUGUGCCCUUUAGGAUCUAUAACUCUGAGUACGUUAAAACCAUCUUAUUAACAAAGGUCCUUCUAAAUGUGCUGUUUACCUGAUAGCAACUAUCAGGUUUGCCUUAAAUUUGCAUUCAUUGCUUUUAUCAAAAUGUAUCAGGGGCCGGACCCAUGGCCGAGUGGUUGUGUUCGCACGCUCCACUUCAGCAGCCCAGGGUUUCACCAGUUUGAAUCCUGGGUGCGGACAUGGCACUGCUCAUCAAGCCAUGCUGAGGUGGCAUCCCACAUUCCACUAGAAGGACCUACAGCUAGAAUAUACAGCUAUGUACUGGGGGGCUUUGGGGAGAAGAAGAGGAAGAAGAAGAAGAAGAAGAAAAAAAACGUAUCAAAACUUUACUCAGUUUAGAGUAUAGUAAAUUGAUUUGGAUGAAAGAAAGUAAUUUGAGGUUUCAUUUGUUUUGUUUUGUUUUUAAGCCAGGAUGAGAAGUGCAAAUGUCUCUUUGAAGGAAUGCAGGUUAGGUAAACUGAUUUUGUCAUUUCAAAAAUGUGGUAUUUAACUUUGUUUUAUACCAGAUUCUUAUAAAACUUGCUAAAAAUAUUGGUUCUAUAUAUCUUGCUUAAGUAUUUAUUUUACUAGCGUACUUAUAGUAUUUCACUUCUUUCCUUUGGAUGAAUUGGUUAAAUGGAUGAGAAAUGUGUUGUAUUUUCUAUAAAAAAAUACAAAUUAAAAUUUUGGAAAGAAAAAGUAAUAUUAUUUGGCACUCCAGUUUGAUUUUGUUGUUACCAAAGCAGUUUAUAAUUUCUUAUUCCAUUUUGUCAUUUCAACAAUUGUGAUCUAUCCAUUGAUGUGAGCAACAAUCGUGAAAUCCUAGGAUGGUGCUGAGAGAAUAUCCUCCUCUUCAUUCACAUGUGAAGUGUAGGCUGAAGUGCACAGAUAUUGCUAAAGGUUGCUUAGAAGGCUUAACGUGGCUUUUGAGAUGGUGGAUGGGUACAAACAAUGGUAAUAACUAGCUAACUAUAUUUUUGUGUUAGAAAUGAAACCUCCGUAUUCCUCUACUUUCUAGAUCUAUUCUGGGGAGGGGGGAGGGUGUUCUGUAUUAGAAAAUCAAAGGCUAUGGUGGGUGUCUUUCCUAACCUCCACUGUAACAUUGGGUCUUUAAAAUGGAUUGUUUGUCCCUCAGAGAAGACGUGCGUGCAGUCUGAUGGUGAACUAAGGAGACCUGUAUAAUUUGUGCUUGGGUCACAGAACAGAUUAAAUGACAUCUUCAGACAGUGUGGCUGCUCAGCUGAAGGUGAUAAAGUCCUAACUUUUCUUUCCCUUUUGUUACCUUUAAAAAUCAUUGGAUUUUAAAACAGGAUAGAUUGGAUAGCCAAUAUUAAAACUGGAAACUGUCAGAGUUUUGCUCCUUAGAUUCACCAAAAUAAAUCAGAGUCGUAAAAAAAUGGUAUCCUAAAUUUAUGACUUUAAAUUGUUUUCCUCUCUGCUCUAAAUUUUCAGUAGUUAUCAAAUAAAAAACUUUUUUAAAAAGUGAGAAUACAUCAGAUUUAUUCAUUCAACAAAAAUAUAUGAAACAACAGCUGUGUGAAGGCAGUUAAGCAGGUAGCUUCUGCCCUAGAGUCCACUGCCUUUGGGAAAACAAGACAGGCAGCCGUGGCCUUUAAUUCCUCCUAGGAGGGAUCGUGUUUGGCACUUGUGUUGUGUUACAUCCUUAAUACAAAAGAGGGCAGUAGAGUCCCACUUUUAGUUUUUCUUCAACUUGCUUACAUUUUGAGGAAAUUGGUUUAUAGGUGACCUAUUUUCCAAGAGUUUUUGGAAAUUUUUACUGUUUGAUUGGACAUUUUCACAUUAAAAAAAAAAAAAAAGGUUAAAUGUUUUCGAUAAUUCAAACCAACAACCAGAAGGGAAUAGCUCAUUUUAACCAUUUUAAACUAUAACCUGAAUAUGAGUUUAGCACAAUAGAAAAUGCAUUCAUGCUAGCGGAGAAUUAUUCUUGUUCUCCCUGUUUUUUCCCCAAAUAAUUUUGCCUUGUGGUUGCUGACUCUUACAAAUAAGAAAAAUGGAUUAUUUACAAAGAGGCCAAGUCAUUUCUGUACCAGGCAUUUAUCCAUAGAAUCCAUGAGUUUAUAGAGUAAAUUAUCCCUGUAAAUAUUUAAUGACAUGUAGAUACUCCCUUUGUAAGAACUGAGUGGAACCUGAGCAAUGAAAAAUAGCACUUUCUGAAACUCGUUUCCUGCAUUGUAAACAAUGAAAUCACAUUAUGAUUUAAUUCUGCUUCUAUGUAAUUCAUAAAGAAAAGAUACAUAACAUGAAACAAGCGUGUCCUAGGUAGGUUGAGUCUUUUGAAUAAAAUCUUUACAAAGGUA